AUGGAAUCACACCGCCUCACACGGGAGGCGGUAGGAGACUCUCCCAUGUGGUGGCUCUUCCGUGUUUCAGCGCCGCUCUGCGGUCAGUUUCCUCUCUGUCCCCGGCUCCCUCUGCGCGUGGUCGGCUGCUCUCAGAUCAGCGCGGCGGCUCCGCCCCUGCAGGAGGCUUUGGCGGUAAAAUCGAGCCCUGGCGCAGCGUCGGAGGACGGAGACACCGGGAACAGUAGAGCCAUGCCGUCCAACGUGGAGAUCAAAGCCAAGGUGAGCGACCCCACGCAGUUCGCUGAGAAGGCGGCCCAGCUCAGCCAAUCAGAGGGCACGGUCAUCAGGCAGCACGACACCUUCUUCAACUGCAGCCGAGGGCGACUGAAGCUGCGAGACUUCAUGAACGGGUCCGGUCAGCUGAUCUUCUACGAGCGUCCGGACACUGAUGGACCCAAACUGUCUCGUUACUCCAUCAGUCCGACCAACGACCCGCAGAGUCUCCAGACCGUGCUGUCAGACGCCCUCGGGGUUAAAGGUGAAGUGCGGAAGGAGCGACGGCUGUUUCUGAUUGGUCAGACCAGAGUUCACCUGGACACGGUGGAGGGACUGGGACACUACAUGGAGCUGGAGGUGGUGAUGCGACCUGAGCAGGCUGUUGAAGACGGACAGAAGGUGGCUGAAGAUCUGAUGCUGCAGCUGGGUGUGUCACAGCAGAGUCUGGUGACUGGAGCGUACAUGGAUCUGUUGCUGAAGGGACAAGAAGAGACAUAAAACAAACACAUCGGAACUGAAGACGCUGCACAGCAACGACUCAGCAGCAUGUAGAAUAAACUCAGUACAACACUCACAGUGUUCAGCGUUUCUGAAACGUUUCAGUGCUAAAUGUUUUCCAUCAGAGAGAAAGUCCUGAUGUGACGCUGGCACAAAGCAGCAGGAGGAUGUUUUUCUAAAUAAAUAAGUUCAGACUUCAAACAAACAUCUGUUUGUGUUUGUAUGGAUUCACCUGGAGCAGCUGGCACAGACUGGUCGGUUAGCAAAGGUUCAUCUGAAGUUAUCUGCUGUUUACCUCUAAAACUGAGAAACAGCCUCGGUGAGGAUUUAAAUAACAAGACUGAAAGUUAAAACAUUUAUAAACUAAAACGAAUCAUAAC